AAAUCACAUAAGUGUUGGUUGAGAAAGACAGUGGUAUUGAAACUGAACUGGUCUGUUAACUUUGCUUUGGCUUCUAACAAAGAGGCUUUAGAUUCAGAAGAUACCCUGUGGCGGUCUUCCACUGGAUGCGGUAAGGGGAGGGAGAGUCUCCCAGUCUCCCGCUAGAAACACCCAGGACACCUAGGAAAUGGAGAAAAGAGAACUAAAGGUUUCUGUUCCAAGAUUUGACAAGAUUCCCUGGUUUAGUGAGGCCAGCCUCAUAAACAAGCCAUUAGUGCUCAGCCUCCCCAAAAGAUAUCCUCAUUCUGCCACUUUUCUGAUUUCAUCCAAGAAAGAUAUGAAUUUCCCAGUUUUGUUUCGAGUUCCAGAUGUCCUAUCUAAGGCUGGGAGGAACCAGAGAGACCCCACGCUGAUCAGAAACAAGCAGCUGUGCUCCACAUGUCGAGAAAUGAAAAUGGUGCAACCAAAGACUAUGAUAAUCCCAGAUGAUCUGAAACUAUCCUUUGCAAAUAUUAUGAGUCAUAGAAUGGUGAGUCUUCAUUCACCAAAAGCCCAGCCUGCACCCAAACGUUCUCGUGAUGACAUCCCAGCAGAGAGUGUUCACUACCGACUACCCAUUCUGGGCCCCAGGACAGCUGUCUUCCAUGGACUGCUGUCAGAUGCCUACAAAACUCUGCAGGAGACACAACUCUCUUCCUUGCCCAGAAAGGAACCAAUGGGCAAGACAAUGAGGCAGUGAGUGGUCAGAGCUCGUCACCUUCCAGGCUCUCAGAGAGAAAGCAACCUCACCAAGCCAGUUUCUGACACUGGUGCCUUCUCAUCACUUCCUCUUAGCAUGAAAAAGGUGACUCAGUUCUGCCUUCCUAACCAUUGCUGGAAUUCUAGCUCUUGCCAUUGUCCUAUGGCUCAUUUCUCCUAAAGACAAAAUGGUUUAAUGUACAUGAUCAUAAAGAUGUGUUGAUUAAAAUGG